AUUGAACUCUAUUUCCGUACCGCUGCAAGGUCACACUGUCAAGGCCAAGAAAAAGCUCAAAAGAAAACUUGAAAAAAAAUUCAAAAACGUCAACAAAAAAUAAGGAAAAAAUCAGAGUAAAAGAGACAGCUAGCCGGGAUUGCAUGCAUAUUUUUUAAGCCGAUCACGUGAAGAAUCGCUUGCCACGAAGAGGUUAUCCCCAAAAAAGAUGAAGAUCCGAACGAGAAGGAGUCUUUCGUUUGCGGGCUGCGGAUUCCUGGGAAUCUACCACGUGGGCGUGGCCGUCUGCCUGCGCCAACAUGCGCCCCAACUUUUGCUGGAAAGGAUUGCCGGCGCAUCCGCGGGAGCCUUGGCCGCCUGUUGCCUGAUCUGCGAUCUUCCGCUGGAAUACAUGGCCGGAGAUUUCUUGCGGGUGGUCCAGGAGAUACGGCGUCAUUCGCUCGGGGCCUUCAGUCCGUGGUUCAAUCUGCCGGAAUGCCUUCUAGAGGGGAUGCACCGACGCCUACCGGCGGACGCCCAUCAAAGGGUCAGCGGGCGACUCCACAUCUCGCUCACCCGCCUCAGCGAUCGACGGAAUGUGGUCAUGUCGGAAUUCAGUUCCCGCCAGGAACUCCUCGACGCUCUCAUGUGCUCCUGCUUCAUCCCCGGACUCUCGGGAUUAUUACCUCCACAGAUCAGAGGAGUUCGCUACAUGGAUGGUGCCUUUUCGAACAAUCUCCCCUUGCUGGACGAGCACACGGUGACCGUGAGUCCCUUUUGCGGGGAGAGUGAUAUUUGCCCGCGGGAUCAGAAUCCCCAUCUUCUCCAACUGAACAUCAAUUGGGCGAACACCUGCAUCCGGUUGUCCAGGAGGAACUUGCGUCGCAUGGUGCGGAUUUUGCUGCCGGGCAGAGCGGAUUUUAUGGCCGAUUUUUGCCAGCAGGGUUACGAUGACGCUAUGCACUUCCUGCGCAGGAAUAGUCUGCUCAAGAACGGGAUCAAGCUGCAGGAAAGGGGCAUGAUCACCUGGAUUCACCAGCAGGAGGAAAGGGAAAUGGAACGGGCAGAGACUUUAAGGAAUCUAAAGGAAAAGCUAGAGCUGGAAAACAAGAGACUUAAAGUGGUACGGGACAAGGAUAAAGAAGAUAAGAUAGAAAAGAUCGAACAGGUGGAUAAGCAUCAAAGGAAUCGAAAGCAAAAGCCGCACAAGUCUAAGAAAAGUGAGGAGAAGAAUAAACUAAAGCAGGAAGAUCCUAAAGAGAAGGAUCCUAAUCCGAAAGAAAAGAAUCUCAACUCGUCGCAGAAGAAUAGCUUGGUGAAAACAAAAAGUUUGGUGACAAAGCAGGAGUCUCAGCCUUGCCAGGAUCACUCUGCCAGCUCAUUAAUGAGCUCCACUUGGUCCCUCCUCCGCCGCGUGAUGAUCGCUCCGCCGCUGGCCAGGCACAUGAUCCAAAUGAUAGCGCGUCGUUUGAGUCGCAGUCUUACGCUCUGCGAACAGCCGCACUUUGAUCUCGCUCUGAUGCAGGCACCCAGCUCCUCCUCCUCCACCUCCUCCUCCUGCCCCCCAUCGACGCCACUGGGCGAUAGCGAUAACGGCAAAGUCAAGGCCAAACGAUUCGGCGGGGCCAUUCAAGUGGAAACGGGAGAUCAGGUGGCCGGCGGAGAGGAGCAGGAAUAUCAGACCGGCGUUCAUUUGGCGCCAUUAGCUUUAUCAGCGAUCGUCAAUCGAUCAGUUCCCAAUUGAUUUUUAUGUCUGUUCUCGCAAUUAAUUCAAUUUCAUGAUGCAUCUAAUACGCAUUUCGUUUUUAAAUAUAAUGUUUUAAGUGCUUUAACCUUGUGUUAAUUGUGACAUAAAUAAUGAUCAACUAUCCUAAGAUUUUGUACAAAAAUAUGUUAACCAAAGAAAUGUUAUUUUAAAUAGAACAUUUGUAUGUUGGCCACGAUUAAAGGAGAAUGCCUUUUUAAAUAUUUUCUAAAAAUAUAUAUUACUCCUAGGGAUGUCGUAUUUUAAAAAACUUGUUUAAGAAAUUAAAUACAACGCUAAAGAAUAAAGAUUUUAUCAAUAGCGAA